CUCAUGGUAAAUCUUUAACUGACAUGUGGAAAAAAAAAGGGAUUAUUUAAAACUUAAAUUGGUUAAUUUAUUGAACUGCACUAUCAUAACCGUAGGUCAAUACAAUUCUUCCUUUGCUCUGAGUGCGCCAUUUAUCUUUGAUUUCCAUUACUGCAAUUUCAUGGCGUUUCUUGUUGCUACUAAUUACAAAAUCAUUGCCGUGAUAAUGGAAAGAAAAUGAUUUUAUGGAGAAAUAUAAAUUAAAUUAUAUUUUAGCCAAUUUUAAGCUACUCAAAAGUUACUUCCUGUGUCUAUUAAUCGAAUUUGAGUCUAUUAAAACUGUAUUAUAAAAAUUGUAGAACGGAGAAAAUAUCAAAUUACUAUAUAAUUACAAUGGAAAAAAAUUCUGAUACAGACGAUACUAAUUCGGAGGAUUCUCUGGUUGACAAUACAGAAAAUCAGGGGCUAGAAACUAUUUUUGAAUUAGAAAAAAGCUUAUUUUUAAAACAGCAACAUUUAGAAAAGCAUUUUGAAGACUUGAAAAAAACAAUAGAUAUGCAUCGGAGCAGGAUGGCAUAUCUCGAUAACUUAUUGUCCAAUAACAAAAUUAUCGAGCAUAAAUCUAUAGAUUGGGAAAAUUUGGAGCGUCUUGUUUCUCCUUUAGGGUCACCAACCCACAAAUCUCAAAAUUUAUCCGAAGACACAAAAGAAAAUUUACCUGAUUCAACAGUUUCGGCUGGAAGUUUAAGGAAAUUAGAUGCUAUUUCACAUAGUAACGAAGAAAUAUUUGAUCCUUCCGAGAUAUUACCUCUAGAAACCAGUCCAGCUUCAGCAAGAGAAUUUAAGGAUAUUUCACUUAACCCUGAAACUUCGGAGGCAAUGGUGGAAAUACCAACCGAGCAAUUUCAGUCUAACAUCUCAGAUAAAAAUCUAGUAAAUGAUGACAUUCAAGAAACUAUUGUAGAUAUUGAAUCGGAAACUAGUUUUGAGAUUAAUCUUCAUCGGGAUAUUAUGGAAUCCUAUGCAGAUUCAAGUGAAAAUUCAGACCGCAAAGGCAAAGAAGCUGCGAAUCCAAAAUUUAGAUAUAAGAAACGAUCGAAAGCUAAUGUCCCAUCCCGUGAAUCAAUAGCUGAGGAAACCCCAAUUAAGCAUUCUGAAGAAAUGUUUGAUACACCAGAAACAAAAACUCCGAAGCUGCAAUCGCCGACAGAUGAAUUCAUAAAAACGUCUCCAUCAAUGAUGUGUAAAGAAUUGGAUUCAAGUGAAUAUAAGGAAGAGUGCGAUACUUCUUCUUGCGAAUCAUUAAGCAAGAGCACUCUAAUUAAACAUUCUAAAAAAGAAGUUGGUACUCCAGGCUCAAAAGCCCUCAGGCCGCAAUCGUCAAAAGAGGAAUUUACGAGAGUUUCUCCGUCUGUUAAGCGUAAAAUAGGGGAUUCAAAUGAACAAGAUAAUGACAAGAUGCAAUCGAAUGAAAGCUGUUCCAAAACUUCCCCAUUUACAAAGCUGUCUGGAAAUCGUGAAGAUGAUGAUUAUUUAAAAAUUGCCAAGAAACUGAAAUUUGAAGACAAUGAAAAGCCAAGUGAACAGUGUCCAUAUACAACAUCACUUCUUUUGCAGAAAAAGCAUGAAGAAUUAUGUAUAAACUUGGAAGAGUUAAUUGAUGAAUCUGAGACAGAUCAGAGUCAUUAUGCAAGCGAACAGUUGAUCUUCCCGUCUACAAGUGGUUUAUCAAACCCAGUUUCUUGUAUAUUUACCAGUGAAGAGUCGUCGCGUACAGAUGAAAGCGAAGACGUGUCAUCUAGUGGGACCGGAGUGUCAUCUCUUUUUUAUGUGAGCGAAGAUGUGUCAUCUAGUGAGACAGGAGAGAGCGCGAGCAAAGAUGCGCCAUCUAGUGAGAUCGGAGAGCCAUCUCUUGCGAAUGUGGGAGAAGAUGUGCCAUCUAGUGAGAUCGGAGAGUCAUCUCUUGCGAAUGUGAGCGAAGAUGUGCCAUCUAGUGAGAUCGGAGAGUCAUCUCUUGCGAAUGUGAGCGAAGAUGUGCCAUCUAGUGAGAUCGGAGAGUCAUCUCUUGCGAAUGUGAGCGAAGAUUUGCCAUCUAGUGAGAUCGGAGAGUCAUCUCUUGCGAGUGCAAUCGAAGAUGUGGAAUUUAGUGACAGAGAAGAAUCAUAUUUUAUAACUGUAGACGAAGAUAUAUCAUUAAGUAAGGAACAACCUCUCCGAGGCAUAAGAGAAGAUAAAUAGAAAAAGUGAAGAUGCGCUUCCUUAAAAUAUAAAAGAAUCAUAAGCAAGAAAUAUGUGAGUAACUUUCUGCAGAUAAUCAAUUCCAGACAUUUUUAGAUGAAUCGCUCAUUAUCGGUGAGAAUAAUAUGCAGUCAUUGCCAUUAUUUAUGAUUCCAUUUCUAUUUUUCUAAUAAUUUUACUGUUAUUAACUUGAUGUUAGAUAAUUGUUAACUUUGAAAGCUCAUAACAUAUAAUAAUAUUUUGUGGACUUCCAUUUUUUUUUUAAAGUUUUAGAUGAUAUUGAAAAAAUUUAUCUAAUUUUUUAAUGAACUUUUUACACUUUUAACACGAGACG